GAGCUCUAUCAAUUGGAGCUUGCUCGAUGGCUAGUUUCAUGGUAGCUUGUGCAAUCUGCCCACUUCAUGACAUUGUCCUGUAAUCAUUCCCGAUAUCCAAGAUAUGUAUAUUUAAGUACUGUACAUUACCAAGUCUGCGCGUAUCUGCAUACAAAAUUAAUUAUCGUCUCUACUUGAUACUAUUCACAAUGUUUAAAUCCAUCCAAUGUAUCUUUGCUGUCCUGCUGCUUCUUCUGCCUAUGGUACUCGCAAAAUCAAAAGCAUACGUGGAAUUGAUCAAUGGGACACCAUAUGAUUGGCACUUGAUAUCUCACGCAACGCGUCGCAUGAAAUGGUCGCCUAAGACCAUUAUCCCAUCUGGUAUCUUAAACACACAAUAUUGCCCAAAAUCAUACAUCCAAUUCUGACAAACAUCACAGGCACAAGCUCCGAAUCCUGCAUCUCAUGGAUUAUCAACCUACCAGACGCAUCUGCGGAAGCAAAAUAUCGUAUUGACAACCCCUCAUCCCCUGAAUCCUUCACCAUAAGUGCCAUUCAAGACCCAACGCAACUGCAAGUUCACUACCAUGAAAAUCUCACCUCUCUCAACAAUCCCCAAUAUUCAACCAUCAAUCUAGGAUUUAUGGAUCGUCAUGCCCAUCCUUUCAUGCUCGCAGGAAACGGCACCCAAACCCCCUACAUUAGCACCAACCCCCCAGUCGCCUGGAUGCAAAGCACCCUCUCUACACUCUCCCGCAAAACCCUCCGCGAAAUAACCAUGCCCAUGUCCCACGACGCCGGCGCCAAUGUCGUCACGCACCCUCUCAACGGACCAGGCACACUCCACAACACACAAACGCAAUCAGACUCCAUAUACUGGCAACUUGUACACGGAGCCCGCUGGCUCGAUAUCCGUCCUGCGCUAUACUGGAAAAAGUGGAUGACGUACCACGGUUCGUGGGCCGCAGGUAGCAUGUGGGGAGCCACGGGACAGAGUAUCGAGAGCAUGAUCGAAGAUAUAAAUUACUUCACGAGGAAAUAUCCAGGGGAAUUAAUCGUGCUAGAUAUCUCACACGAUGCGAUCGCGAAGCGUAGAUGGAGUGGUUUUAGCGAGGAUGAUUGGAUGAAGUUUUAUGGAGUGCUGAAUGGGAUUUUUGAUCUUUGGGUUGAACCGGAGGGGAGUUCGCAGUGGGAUUUGUCCAGUGUGCCUUUUGGGACGUUUGUCAAGGAGGGUGGUAAGAGUACGGUGUUGGUGAGGGUUCCUUGUGGUGCCCCUGCUUGGUUUUCUAAGCAGGAAAAGAGAGAUGUAGAUACCACUCUCACGGCAAGGUCACCUGGCUGCGACCCUGUUGUCCAGGAUAACGAUCUCGCUCCUCUUAACACUACAGAUACUUCCUACUCGCAGAAGUCAUCUCGCUCGUUCUAUAAACGGGAUGUCUCUAAUUCUCCCGAAAAUACUGGUAAGUGUGAUUUAUCUUUCCACAUCGCAAUUCCUAAUAUCCGACUCUAUCGUGAUAUUUUAUCCUGCGCAUCGUUUACAAUAAUUCUCUUCCCAUAUCCAUCAUCUAGCAUAUAUACUCUUCCCUUACCCUCCCCUCCAUCCCCAUAAACCACCCCUCCAAAAAAAACAAAAACAAUAACUAAUCCUCCACCCCUAUACAGACCAUCAAACCACCUCAUCCGGCUCCCCACCCAGCCUAAACUUUACCCCUAUCCGCGCCUUCCGGCUCCCCAUAACCGGCACCUUUUCUCACACCUCAUCCACCAAAAAACUCGUCACGACCCAACUCGAAAAACUCUCCCAACACAAACUAUCAUUCCCCAACACCUCUCCCAAUUCCAGUCCAAAUACCAGUCCUGACACCGAUGCAAAUCCAACCCCAAAUCACAGUCCAAGCCCAAUCCACAAACUCUCCUGGAUUCUCACCCAACCACUUGCCGUGCAAGCCGACACGCUAACAUGGCGGAAUUCUAUACUUGGGUAUGCGGUAGCGGCGCAUAGGGAAUUAUAUUCUAAUUUCGAGGCUUUGGUUUCUGGGGGGAGGAAAGGUGGUGAGGAGGGAGAAAGAGCAGGGGAAGGGAGGCCAAAUUUGAUUGAGCUGGAUUAUAUUAGGAGUUGUGAUGUUGCGGCGUUGGCUAUGGGGAUUAAUGUUUGGGGAGAGUGGGAGAAAGAGGGGGAGGGGAAGGGGGAGUAGGGAGUAGUGAGGGAGAUUUGGGUGGUGUGGAUUAGAUGUGUGUUUGGGGAGGAGGGAUAG